GUCCGUCCGCCCCGCCGCCACUUGUCGCCCGAUGGUAAAGCUGUCCUUUUCUCUCUCGUUGCAGUUUCUCGGGCCGGUGCCCGGCGCGCCGGUGGGGGCCGAGGCGUUCUUUCCCCCGGCGCCCUUCCAGCGGCCGUACUCGUGCCCGAGUUGCCCCUACCGAGCCAACCAAAAGUCCGACCUGAAGCGGCACCUGCUGGUGCACACGGGCGAACGCCCCUUCGCCUGCCCGCACUGCCCCUACCGCGUCAACUACCGCUACGACCUGGCCAAGCACAUCCGCAGGAGGCACGCGGCCGCCCCGCUCUCGUGAAGACGAGCGCCGUCGCCAGGAGGGAAGGGCGGGGGCGCGCGGGCGGGCAGCGGCCGGCG